AUGGCGGCGCCCGCGGCGGGGCCGCCGCCGGUGCUGCGGAUCGUGGCCGAGUGCGGCCGGAGCCGCGCCCGGGCCGGGGAGCUGCGGCUGCCGCACGGCACCGUGCCCUGCCCGGUCUUCAUGCCCGUGGGCACCCGCGGCACCGCCAAGGGCCUGACGGCCGCGCAGCUGGCGGCGCUGGGCUGCCGCAUCUGCCUGGGCAACACCUUCCACCUGGGCACGCGGCCGGGACCGGAGCUCGUCCGCCGCUCCGGGGGCCUGCACGGCUUCAUGGACUGGCCGCACAAUCUGCUGACGGACAGCGGGGGGUUCCAGAUGGUCUCGCUGCUGGAGCUGUCGGAGGUGUCGGAGGAGGGGGUCCUUUUCCGGCCCCCCCACGGCGGGGAGCCCGUGCUGCUGAGCCCCGAGAGGGCCAUGGAGAUCCAGAACGCGCUGGGCGCCGACAUCGUGAUGCAGCUGGACGACGUCGUGAGCAGCACCACGACGGGGCCGCGCCUCGAGGAGGCCAUGCUCAGGUCGGUGCGCUGGCUGGAUCGCUGCCUGGCCGCCCACGCCCGCCCGCGCCAGCAGCGCCUCUUCGCCAUCGUGCAGGGCGGCACCGAGCCCGAGCUGCGCCUGCGCUGCCUGCGAGCCAUGGCGCAGCGCGACGUGCCCGGCUUCGCCAUCGGCGGCCUGAGCGGCGGCGAGGCCAAGGCGCGCUUCUGGCGCGCGGUGAAGCUCAGCACCGAGCACCUGCCCCGAGACAAACCCCGCUACCUGAUGGGCGUGGGCUACGCCACCGACCUGGUGGUCUGCGUCGCGCUGGGCUGCGACAUGUUCGACUGCGUCUUCCCCACCCGCACCGCGCGUUUCGGUUCCGCCCUGGUGCCCUGGGGGUCGCUGCAGCUGAAAAGUCAAAAAUUCGCCAAAGAUUUCCGGCCCAUCGACGCCGACUGCGACUGCCCCGCGUGCCAGAGGUAUUCCCGGGCGUACCUGCACGUGCUGCUGCGCUGCAACACGGCGGCGCUGCACCUGCUCACCAUGCACAACGUCGCCUACCAGAUGAAGCUGAUGGGCUCCAUCCGGGACAGCAUCCUGCGGCAGCGCUUCCCCGAGUUCGUGCGGGACUUCAUGGCCACCAUGUACGGGGGGCGGGGGGGACCCCCCGCGUGGGCUCGGGAGGCUCUGGAGUCGGUGGGGAUCACCCUGGAU